AUGCAACUAGAACAUCUGAAGGCUGCUCCUGCCAAAUUUGAUGACCUCAAGGCAGAUGUGCAGGACCCUUUAGAGGAAUAUAACUUAGGGAGUAAGGCCUGUAAAAGGACCAUUUAUGUAAAUGCUAAUCUAUCUAAUGAAUGUAAGAGCAAACUAGUUGGUUUGCUUUCUGAGUAUAUUGAUUGCUUUGCAUGGACUUAUGAAGAAAUGCCUGGAUUAGAUAGAACAUUGGUGGAGCGUAGGCUUCCAAUUAAAGGAAAUUUCCUUCCCCAUAAACAACCCCUAAGAAGGAUGACCAAUGAAGUCACCUUAUUGGUCAAGGAGGAAAUUGAAAGGUUACUCAAAGUAGGUUUUAUUAGAAUAGCCAGGUGUCCUGGUGCUUUAGGGACAUUUGAAUGGAUAGUCAUGCCCUUUGGAUCAAAGAAUGCAGGAGCAACAUACCAGAGGGCAAUGAAUUUCAUUUUCCAUGAUUUGAUUGGGAAAUACUUAAAAGUCUACAUAGAUGAUGUAGCUAUCAAAUCUGAUAGUUUUGAUGUGCAUUUGGAACAUUUGCAACAGACAUUUCAAAGAAUGAGGACCUACAAACUCUAG